AUUUAGUGUAUACUUAUUAUUUACUAGUUUUUUACAUAAUGUUUUUAAUAGCGUUUGUUUAAUUAGUUUAUUAAGUUUAAACAGACUUAAACUAUAUUUUAUUACGAAUACAAAUUUGUCGCUGAAUAAUUAAUAAAUUAGUUCCGUUAAACAUUAUGCACAAUUUACCACAACCUUAUAUCAAACUUUGAUAAACGAUGCGCUUCACUUAAUUAAAAGACUAAAAACUUAAAAUAUCUUUUUAAUAAUGUCUAACAAAUAAACAUUGGGUGAUUCACAGAUUGAAUUGUGUUUGAUUGGAUUUACCCCCUAUCGAAUUGUUUAUCCUAUUUAUACAUGAACGAAUAACUAGAAAUUCAUCUUUUUAAAUUUGAACGCUACCUAUAAAUCAAGCAAUUUGUAUAAUGAUUUCAUAUAUAACCAAUCAAAUGUCGGUGCGUUUCUUAUUCGUGUUUAUUUUCAUCGCCUAUUUCGUCAAAAGUGUAUCCUCAAGAGAACGUUGUUUGACAUUCACAAAGUAUAUGAUUACAAAAAUGAAUCCGCGGUUUAGUAAUACGCGGGAAUCAAAAUAUAAUCGCAGAAAAUAGCUCGGUUUACAAGAGUAAAAUGAUAAAAUUAAAAUUUUGACAUUAUUCAUUAAUUUGGAAUACAAUUGAAUUUAUAAUUCAAUUCCCAAACUACAUUUAACUCUAUUUGUCACACAAUGCAUAAUACAGUAAUAUAAAUGAUUAUUUAUAUCAUAUAAUGUGAAUUUAUUGUAUGAAAAUCUGUAAUAUGCUUAAAUGAUAAUUUCUUAUGUCAUAUUUGACACAUUUUAUGCCGUGUAUAAAAAUAGUGUAUUCUGUUGCUAGCUAUCUUACUUUUGGUUUCAUCAAUUUAAUUUGACACAAAACUUUCUCAUUAGUUCGUUUACUUUUAACUUUUCAAUACGUAUAGAUCGUUCUAGAAUAUUGUGUAGCGUUUUACAAAAUUAUUUUUCCAAUCAUUUCAAUCGUUUUGAAUAAAAGUAUAUUUAUUAAUCGUAUACCCUAUAAAAACGAAAUGAGUAAAAUUUGAAUAAUAUUUGUGCUCAUGUGUAAUA